AGAACGUUUCAUAUGCUUCACGCAAUGAAACCUUCUGACGUAAAUCAUGAGAGCUCUUCUUUAAAAUAACCAAAAGCAUGGACAUUUCAUUGAUGCAAUUUCACGAGAAUGAAAGGCGAUAAAACUGUUGCUGUUAUUGGUGGAGGAGCUGGUGGCUGUGGGUCAAGUCUCGCUUUGGCCGAAAGAGGUUGGAAAGUUCAUCUUUUUGAGAAAAACACCAUUUUCUCGGGAACCAGUGGCAUAACGUGCGGACGUCUUGGUCUUGGUUUUCAUUACAUUGAUCUUGAAACGUCGCUGAAGCUGAUGCGCGCAACAAUACGCCUAGUCAAAACAUUUCCCGGUCAUUUUGUCGGUGAGGAUUUUCCGUCAUCGCACCCAAUUCGUCGCGGUCGUUAUUUUAUAACAAAUGAUUCGCUUGCCUCUCCGCAUGAUAUUCUGGAGCAAGCUUAUUCAGAUAUGGUCGACGAAGAUCCAUCAAACAUGGUGUUUGGCCUACCGAAAGAUUUCUAUCGUAUUCUUGACAAGGAGGAAUAUGUUGAUGAUGUCGAUGUAAGCAAGGUUGUCGUUGGAAUUGAAACCUCCGAACAUCUUCUGGACUGUAAGAAAUUUCAAACAAGUUUGGAGUCGCGCUUAAGAAACCACAACAACAUCACAAUCCAUGAAUUCACCAAACUUGUUGACAUUGAAAGACUUAUUGACGAUAAGAAGUAUCGAUGGUCUUUGAUUUUCGACAAAAGUGAUGGUAAACGAUGUGUAAGUUUUUCAUGUGACUACGUUGUCAACUCUACAUGGUGUCAAAUUGAGAAGUUCAACCGCAUAGCAGGAUUUCCAGAGCAAUCCUUUCCUAUAACGAAUCGUUUAAAGGCGAUCGUUGGCGUAAAGCUACCCGUCUCCAUGUAUGAUUCUCACUCGAUGUUUUUCUGUAUCGGUCCAUUUUGCAUGUUUUCAAAUCUCGGCGAUGGUACCGCACUCAUGACAUACGCUCCUGUGACAAAUAUUACAACUUCAGAUGGCACGACUGUCAACAAGAAAAUGGCGCGAUUAACAGAGCAUGGAGCUACAGUAAACGAGUUCAGAAACAUCACUAGUAACGUUGUAAACGGUGUUUCUACUUUCAUCCCAGCGCUAAAGAACGCAGAAGUGAUCAGUCUUGCAUUUGGUAUUGUCAAGACACAAGGAAGUGUUGAUAUUUAUGAUCUCAGUAGUCCAUUUCACCGAAGAAGUUAUUUCGCUGUGAGAUCAGAAGGGGAUGGAUGGACUCUAAUCCUUGCAUGAAACUCGUGUAUUUGCUUGAAAACGCCGACAUUGUCGUUGAUUUGUUGGAAAAAGAGUUUCCAUGCUAAUGGCUAUAUUGCGUUUUUUUUACAUGUGUGAUAUAUAUGAAUGUUUUUAAGUUUGAAAAUUUGUAAUCCAGGCAUUGAAUAUAUAAAAGACAACGAAGCAACGAGUCGAAAGCUCAAUAAAAAUCAUUUAAAAAAAUCCUGAGAAACUUUUAUCUUUUAUAUGACUGUUUUUAUACGAAAUAAGAAUCAAACUUCCUGAUAAGUAAAA